CUCGGGGCAUCGUUUGGACAUUACUAAUUCGUUUAAUCCUAGUGUAGUGUCGACGAUUUCACCGGUCAUUUGGAUUACGCUAAUCAAAUCAAGAGAAACCGGCCAACAUGCUACCCUUGAUCAUUGUCUUGGCGUGUGCCUUUUCCAGUGGACUUGCAGUUGAUAUCCCCGAUCCAGGUCUAUGUUUGGAUGCCUUCGGAUAUCUCCCCGGGGUUGACUUUGGAGAGGAUUGUUGUUCAUUUGUUAUGUGUGAUGCCGCUCGGCUCAACAAGUCCGGUGUUGUAGGACAAUGUAUGGGAGGAACAGUAUGGAACCAGGACCUCACUUUAUGUGACGAUCCCAAGUUUGUACCGGAUUGUGAUCCAAAAUCAUGUACAGUGGUAAAGAGGACAAAUGCACCCUGUUCAGAUCCACAGCCCAGUGACACCACCUGUUGCAUAGGUCAAAAGCCAGACCAAGGGUUCUUCGGAUACGAACCAGUGUACACAGCCGACGGCCCUAACGCCUACUUCAAGGGGGACGACAGACAAUCUCAGACUUGCCCCGAUAGUCAACUUUUCAAUUUGGACACAUGCUCCUGCGAAUAUGAAUUUGAACCAAUUGCCGAAUGCGCAGGAGAGGGUGAGUACUUCAUGAACGAUGACCCAAGCACCGCCAACUUCCCAGUACCCGCUAACAGUGACCUUGAGCUCGACCAGAUUAACCCGACCGAAGCCGAAUGCUGUUCAUAUCUUCAGUGCUAUCCCAACCGAACAGGCUUCUACGUUCAGCAAUGUAUGCCCAGCACAGUUUGGAAUGACGAGAAGAAAGCAUGUGAUCUCCCACAGAAUGUAAUGCCAUGUAUGAACAUGCUCUGUGGCGCAGAAAUGACAGAUCCCCCUUGCAACGGCGAUGGUGAUGGUCUUUGUUGUCGAGCUGGACUUUGGUAUGACGUGGGUGCAGAUGCUACCCAGUACAUCAUUUCGGAUGCUCCAGGUCUCACAGGUGCAGAAUACAAUAGAAUCGUCAACGGACGAAGUCUCAUGUGUCCACGUGAUAUGAAUGGACUACAACUAGUAUUCAACCCUGACCCAGAUUCCUGUUCCUGCGAGUAAAAUACAGCAAAACACACGUUUAUAUUUCGACAUUUUAUAGUCUACUUCGAUAUACCCUAAAAUAAAGGACUUCUCCACUAUUCUUGAGCUUAAAACACCUUAUCAAUAUCAAUUAUAUUACCAAUUAGAGUUUAAGAGCCGAUCUCAAUCUGGCAAAUACCUCUGGAAAAUAUGCUUUGCUAUGUUAU